AUGAAAACAAUAAUACUCUUAUUGUUGUUUAAAAUUAUAUAUGCCAAUGAUAAGAGUAAAGCAAUAAAGUAUUUAAGUGAUUAUGGAUAUUUAGAUAUUACAAAUGUUAAUGAUAAUACUCAUGUUAGUGAUGAUACAUUUAGAGAAGCAUUAAUGUUAUUUCAGUUAACAUAUAAUCUUGAAAUAAGUGGUGAAUUAAGUGAUGAUACUUUAAAUUUUAUGAACAUGCCUAGAUGUGGUGUAAAAGAUGAAUUUGGUAGCUAUAGAACUAGUUUGUAUAAAUGGAAUAAGCAACAUAUCAAAUGGCAUUAUAAAGGUGCUACUAAAAAAGUAUUACAAUUAACUGAUGAAGCAUUUAAAAUAUGGCAAGAUAAAAUAGAUAUUCAGUUUAAACACGAUAACAAUAAUCCUGAUAUCUUAAUUACAAAUAAAAGAUGUAAACACAAAUUUGAAAUUGAUAAAAGUAUACAUUGUUCAAAGGAUUUAGAUGGUAAAGGUAAUGUUUUAGGUCAUGCUUUUUUUCCAGAUAUGAAUAAUAAUCCUGUAGAAAUACAUAUGGAUGAUGAUGAAAUAUGGUAUUUAGAGAUGAAUACUAAUACACCAAAAGGACAAACAAAUCUAUUUGAAGUAUUAAUACAUGAGAUUGGUCAUUCAUUAGGUCUACGACAUUCAGAUGAUUAUGGUUCAAUAAUGUAUGCAUACUAUAAUGGAUCUCAUUUAGAAUUAUCUCAAGAUGAUAUUGAUGCUAUUCAAAGUUUAUAUGGUAAACAAUCAACACAACCAACACAAGUACCAAUUAAACCAAUUUCACCACUUAUACCAUCAGAACCUAUAUCAUUAUGUCAAACUAAACAUAUUGAUCACAUAUUAUUUAUGAAUGGGAUUUUAUAUGUUUUUUAUCAGAAAUGGGUGUGGAUAAUUCAAAAUACAAUACCAAAAUCACAAUUAAUAACUGAUUGGUUAACAGUUUUACCAAAUGAUGUAAACCGUAUAGAUGGUAUAUAUCAGAGACCUAGUGGUGAACUUGUUAUAUUUUCCAAUAAUAUGAUAUAUAUGAUACAUUUACAUACAUUACAAUUGAUAUCAGGAUAUCCAAAACCACUAUCUAGUACAGGUUUACGCAAUAAUUUCAAAUUAAAUGGUAUAGUGAACACUUAUUCUGGUAGAACAUUUAUUUUCUUUAAUGACUUUUUCUAUGCUGAAAUAGAUGAAUGUAAUUUUAAAUAUAAAGUACGUGGUAUUAUAAGUAGAGAAUAUUCUGGAUUACCAACUGGUAUAAAUUCAGUAUUUAGGUACAUUAAUGGUAUGUUGUACUUUUUUAGAGAUGAUGCCUUUUAUGAAUAUAAUGAAUUCACCAAAAAAGUAGUAAAGUAUGGUAUAUUUGAUUUAUCACUAUUUGUGGAUAAAGUGUAUCAUAUUACAAAUGUAGAAAUCAAAAAUACUAAAUUAGGUUUUAAAACAUUUAUUGAACUUAAUAAUGAAUUUAAUAUAAUACUACCAGAUAGAUAUGCAAAAAUGAUUGGUUGGGAUGAUUGUACAGCUAUAAUUGGUUGUAAUAUUGUAUAUAAAGGAAUGAUGGAUAGAUCAGAUAAAAAGGUACAUGUAUUAGAAUUUAGACAACAAUAA